AUGAGCGAGCUGCCGCUGGGCACCCCUUCACUCGCCCUGCACGAGCUUAGACUGCACCCCUUCCUAGGAGAAGGUCGCUUUGCAGAGACUCCGGUGGCCCCAAUGCUCCCGACAGCUGGGCCCCAGCAGGAAUCAGUGACAUUCAGAGAUGUGGCUGUGGACAUCACCCAGGAGGAAUGGGGAUACCUUGACCCUUCACAGAAGCAGUUGUACAAGGAUGUGAUGCUGGAGAAUUACAGGACCCUGGUUUGCCUGGGACUCGUAUUUUCUAAGCCCCAUUUGAUCUGCCGGUUGGAGCAAGGCAGAGCACCUUGGAUGCCAGAGGGAGCGGCCCCACGACGCAGCCGGACAGAGUGGGAGAUUCCACAUGAAUCCAAAGGAGCGUCUCAGGAAGUGCUACAGGGUAGACUUGAGAGAGAUAGCCCCUGUUUUUUGGAUGAAGCCUUGGAAUGUGAGUCCAGAUCAGAGAGGCAGCAGAACCAUGAGGAGCAGCGUGCCUGGUCAGUGACGUUCCCACAAACAAAGCCUCCGAAUCAGUCAGGAGGCCUCGAAUGUGCUAUAGGCUGUGGAAAGAGUGUCCUUCGGGGACCAGUUCUCUUCCCACAGCAAAGAGAUGAGAAGAGUCUAACUAUGUGUGACUCUCAUAGAAAGUGCUUCAGACCGUAUACAGAUGUGAGAAAAUGUAACGGAUUAUGCUCAAAGAAAAUUCUUUCUAAAUGUAAUCAAUAUGGGAAAUCCUAUUGGCAUAAUUUAGCCCAUCUUGGAAAUUGUAGAAUAUGUACCAGAGAAACUUGUAAAUGUAAUGAAAGCGGGAAUACCUUUGAGCAGAAUACAGUGCUGACUGACCACCAGAUAGUUAAUGCCAGAGAGAAUCCUCAUAAGUGUAACGUAUGCAGGAAGGUGUUUGUCCUGACAACGCAGCUUACUCAGCAUCAGAGAGUUCCUCUUGGAGAGAAACCUUACAAAUGUGAAGAAUGUGGGAUGAUCUUCUCGUCAAAGAGAGAACUUACUUUUCAUCAGAGAAUUCAUGCCAGGGAGAGAUCUUAUAAACAGAAUGACUGUGGAAGUACCUUCAGUCUAAGGAUACAGAUUCCUCGACAUCAGAGAAUUCAUACAGGAGAGAAACGUUAUGAAUGUAAUGAAUGUGGGAAGGCCUUUCGACUAAAAGCACAGCUUAAUCAACACCAGACAAUUCACACUGGUGAGAAACCAUAUCAAUGUCAUGAAUGUGGGAAGGCCUUCCGACUAAAAGGGCAGCUUAAGCAACACCAGACAAUUCAUACUGGUGAGAAGCCUUAUAAAUGUAAUGAAUGUGGGAAGUCCUUUCGCAGGAGCUCACACCUUACUGGACAUCAGAGAAUUCAUACCGGGGAGAAACCUUAUGAAUGUAAAGAAUGUGGCAAGGCCUUCUGCCUGAACACAGCUCUUACUAAACAUCAGAGAAUCCAUACUGAUGGGAGACCUCACAAAUGUAAUGAAUGUGGCAAGACUUUCCUCCUAAGCAAAAGUCUUGCUGAACAUCAAACAAUUCAUACUGGGGAGAAACCUUAUCAGUGUAAUGAAUGUGGGAAGGCCUUCCGCCAAAGCAAAGCACUUACUGUACAUCAGAUAAUUCAUACUGGGGAGAAACCUUUUGAAUGUAUUGAAUGUGGGAAAACCUUCCGACUAAAAGCACUGCUUACCCAACAUUAUAGAAUUCAUAGUGGAGAGAAACCCUAUGAAUGCACCGAAUGUGGGAAGGCCUUUCGCUUGAACUCAAUUCUUAUCGAACAUCAAAGAAUUCAUACUGGAGAGAAACCUUAUGAAUGUUGUGAAUGUGGGAAGGCCUUCCGCCUGAACUCAGCUCUUACAGAACAUCAGAGAAUUCAUACUGGUUGGAAACCUUAUGAAUGUAGAGAAUGUGGGAAGGCCUUCCGAGUUAAAGCACAGCUUAAUCAACACCAGAGAAUUCAUACUGGAGAGAAGCCUUAUGAGUGUAAUGAAUGUGGCAAGGCCUUCAGUCACACCCGAGAACUUAAAAGACACAAAAGAAUUCAUACAGGAGAGAAGCCUUAUGAGUGUGUUGAAUGUGGGAAGGCCUUCCGCCUGAGAUCGCAUCUUACAAAUCAUAAUCGAAUUCAUACCGGUGAAAAGCCUUAUGAAUGUCAGGAAUGCUGUAAGGCCUUCAGUCGCAGGGCAGAACUCGAGCAGCAUCAGAGAACCCACACGGGUGAGAAGCCUUAUGAAUGUCAGGAGUGUGGCAGGGCCUUUAGUCGAAGGUCAGAUCUUAGAAGACAUCAGAGAAUUCAUAGUGGAGAGAAACAUGACAAAUGAAACCUUUCUCUGGGUUCUUUUUCUGCCCGUUUGAUUUCUUUUCACUCUCCUUUGGUGGAUCAUCUUUCCUGUCAUGCCCACUAACUGAGUAUGCUCCAGGGUUCUGUCCUAAGCCCUCUUCUUUUCUAAGUGCUUUCACUUAGUGAUGUCUUCAGCUCCCAUCAGUUAAUUUAUCACAUUUAUAGAUGAUUCCCAAAUCUAUAUAUCCAGCCCCAGACUCUUACCUGAGUUUGGUCUCCCAUCA